UCCGCGAGGAGGAGGAGGAGGGAGAAUUUUUGUGCUCACGUGCACUCGCUGCGCGCGCGCCCCCCAUUCAGCUGAACAGAGGGUGUGAUACAUAAUUCAGUCCCAGCAGCAGAGGGGGGACACCUCAGCCCGUCUCUCCCACCUCCUGUCUGUCUGUCACACCGCGGACGUGCAGCCUCCACACGGUCCAGUCAACCGAGACACCGCCGCGGCCCCAGCCUCCUCCAGGAGCGGGCACAGGGAGCAACCUUGGAGGAAGGACGGACGCUUGUUUGUUGCAGGUAAAGCACAUGACUUGUUCCAGCGGCGCAGGGAGGACGGGGCAGAGCAGAGCAGCAGACACUCAGAGGAGAUCGACAGGAGACGUAAACAUUGCCAUGCCCUGCUUCAUGCACCACUUCCCUCGAUCCGCUCCCUGCUGCCCAGCUCCAGGACAGACGGGUCUGUUCUGAGGGACCCCGGCAGAGCAGAGCGGGAGCAUAACGCUGCUGUCGAGGGUAAAUAUUGUGGUGAAGUUGUGUUCGGGAUAGUGAGGAGGCUGUGACGGGCCCCGCUUUGCACUGAGGCUGUCCUGCAUCCUGACUUUGCUGUGUCCGUGCUGUGCGGCCAUGCUGCAGGCAGCAUCCUCCGACCUGUUCCCGACUUGAGCUGCACCAUCCGGGAUAAACAAGUUCCCCAGAAGGCAGAACAACUACUGCAGCUGCUGGCUCAUGUUUCCGCACCAUUGUUUUUGUACCACUCUUUAUUGUAGCUGAGUGCAAUGACAUUCUGUUGACAAGCAGUUUGGAAUUUGCCCACAAUGCUUCACAUCUAACCUCCAAUCUGCAGAUGUAAGGGAGAGGUGAUCAGACAUUUUCACGCACAGAGUAUCUCAGACACUAAUCGAGCCUGCCUCUGUAUGAGGGACCAGUCUUGUUGUCGUCACUGUUCACAGCUGAUUAACGCAGCACCAUGGGUGCUAAGCAGACCAAAGGCCAGGAGCCUGGAGGAGCCAGCCCUCAGCACAGCUGGAAGCGGACACCCACCAAGGAGCGGGGGGACAUACUGGCAUCCCUCAUGCUCAAGUCCGGGGACCGGCUGAGCCGUGGUGGGACGCCACCGCCUUACCAGCGCCGCAUUGGCAUGAUCCAGGAGAUGAUGCUGAUGGCCAAACAGGGCAAGCAGGACGAGGCCACGGAGAUGCUCAGGACACUGAGACAGGACUUGGGCAUGGAGUCAACGUCCCUGGAUGACGUGUUGUACCGCUAUGCCAGCUUCAGAAACCUGGUUGACCCCAUCACACAUGACCUGAUUAUCAGCCUGGCACGAUAUGUCCACUGCCCCAAGACGGAGGGCGACUCUCUUGGGGCGAUGGAAAAGGUUUGUCGUCAGCUGACCUAUCAUCUCAGCCCCCACUCACAGUGGAGGAGACAGGGCCUGCUCAAGAGGAAACCUCAGGCCUGCCUGAAGGCGGUGCUGUCAGCCCCUCCGUCCAGCGGGGCGUUGGAUCUGUCCGGUAUCCCUCUGGUGGCUCGAGACAUGGAGCGUCUGUGUGCACACCUACAGCGCUAUGCGUCCACGGUGGUCAGCAUGGAGCUGGGCUUCAGCGAGCUGACGGACGAGGCCUUCCUCCUGCUCCUGCCCACGCUGGCCGCCCUGCCACAUCUGGAGACCCUGGCUCUGAAUGGAAACAGGCUGACCAGAACUAUCCUGAAGGAGCUCACUGAUGCACUGAAGGAUCCAGGCAGUUUCCCCAGCGUGACAUGGAUCGACCUGGGCAACAACGUGGACAUCUUCUCCCUGCCACAGCCCUUCCUGGUGAGCCUGAGGAAGCGCUGCCCCAAGCAGGGCAACUUGCCCACCAUCCUGGAGUUCGGAGAGAGUCAGGCCAGUGACCCACCCGAGAGGCUGAGGGGGCUCGAGGAAGAGGAGGAGACAGACGACACAAACCGGACAGAGAGCAUGGGCGAGCUGCGGUCAGAGGUCGAGGAGGAGCUGGACGGCGAGAUGGAGAUAGAGGAGAUGAUGGAGGAGCUGCUGGACUUUGACAGGGAGGUGCAGGGAAAGGAGGACGAGGAAGAGAGCAUGUGGACAGUGCAGGAGCAGAGGAAAGGUGGUAGGGGGCGGGGGAGAAAAGAGGAGGAGGAGGGCAGGGAGAAGGAGGUGAGGAAGAGGGCACAGCAGCCGGGGAAGAGGGCGGUGAUGGCGGAGGACGAUGAUGACACGCAGAGCCACUCCUCCCGUCUGUCCUACUCCAGCCAGUCGCUGCACUCCUCCGGGGCCGUUGAGCCAAUGAGGGUGGAGGAGGACGACUUGACCGACCAAUCAGACCACUUGACCUGAUUGCUGCUCCACACUCUGCUCAUACUUCCCCCUCCUGUAUCGAGUCUGGUGUGACAGGACACGAGAGAGGGCUCCUGCAGAGGCUAACGGAGUGUGCUCAAAGUCAAAGAGGCUGCAGCGGUGGCAGGAUGUGAUCCAUAAUGAACACGCCACUCGAUACUCCCUCCACUCAUCUGAUUCUGGACGAGCCACAGAGACAUUCAGACACUGGCAGAGUGACUGCUGAACCCUGGUGACUGUAACACGAGGAGACAAUCCCCAACAGGACAUCAGCUUUAUCCUAACUGUCGCUAAUACAUAGAUAAUUAUAUCACGUGAGGCUUUUAUGUAUAGAAUGAUAAUCUUUAUUCAGGUCCUUCCUCCUGGUAACCCUGGUAAUACCUACAUGUGCCUGUAACACUUCCCAUAACUGGUUGAGAGAUUCAAAAGAAAAUAUAUAAAAAUUGAGACUCAUACAAAGUAAUCAGGGCCCUUAAUCUUUUUGGAAAAAAAAUUUUUUUUGCCAUAAAAAACUAGUGGAAAUGUUUAAAAUAUCUCCCUCCCACACGCAGCCAGAUGGACCAGAACAUAGACAGGAUUCGAAAGUCAACCCUACAGAUUUGUGGAAAUCAGUUGCUACUCAAGAAACGAGCAGAUGCACAGACAAGUGCACCGAGGAGGAAAUUAGUCAGCUGAAACCAAAAGAAGUAAACAACUUGGCUCAGUGGUCUUAUUGCUAUGUGUCCCCAAGUCCUGGGGGAUCCAGCUGAAAUAUUUAGUAGCCUUUCUUUUCAUAAUCCAGGUCAUGUGUCGCUCUGCGGUACUGUACACGGAUGUGAAUCACAUGUUUACAGUGCCGUGUCUAUAUAUAGGCCGCAGAUAUCUUUAUGUACUAUGUAGCUCUCACCCUGCUAGUGCUUUCCCUCCAUGUUGUCACUUAUAGUCCAUGCAAAGCUUUAAGAACUAACAGUAUUUUUGGAUGUACAGUACAUAGAACAGUAUAUAUAUAUAUAUAUAUAUAUAUAUAUAUAUAUAUAUGUGUGUGUAUAUACAGUGUAUAUACAGUAUGCAGUCAUUUAGAUUAGCCAUUUCAAGAGAAACACCACACAAUUCAAUUGAACCAAAUUUGUUAUUUUUGUGGUCUGGGUUUAGUCAUCAAUGUGUGUGUACUGUACAUGAGUAAUACUUCUAACCUGGGAGUGAAGCCGAGCCUCACUCUCCAAGGAACUUGUGGAAAAAGGUUGUAUUGAUAUGGAAAGUAGGAUUAUGUUAAAGUAGAGAAGUAUUAACUUCCCAUAGACGCUCAUGCUCGAGCAGUUAAAAAUGUGUGUAUGCAGUUUAUACCUCUCUGCAGACAGCUGUCCCGUGCACCAAUACGUCUCAGCCUGUGCAGCCAUUAAAGUUUAAAAUGAAGGCGCUUUGUGAGGCUGUUGCAUCACGAAUCUUCACCUCGGCUGACUCCACCACGGAGGCUGGAGUAAUGCCUGGCUACAGGGGGGGGUGAAAUAACACAAACACUGGGCAGUAUCAUUCGGUGGAAUACAACAAUGCCAAAAACACAAGAGUUCACUUCACCUUGUUUAUGAUAUCAAUGUCGAUGAAUAUCAUCAAAAAACAGCUGUUGUGUUGUUUUGUAUUAUAUAUUCAGGUGUUUGUGUAUAUUUUACAGGGCCUCUCUCCGCUGACUUUACAUAUGAUGCUCAGUGUUGUAAAAAGUACCUCUCGGCCUAUGAAAGCAUUUCUAUAAUAUUUUCUGUGUCGCUGGAAGAGCUCUCUUAAAUCUGAAAAGCAACCAAGACAAUGCUAUGAGGAAGGAAAUCGAACCAACGUGUUGUAUGAUGUGUUGUGAUGUGUUCUGCUCCGAAUAGUGAACACAUAUACAUACACUGGAUGUAGUGCUGCAACUCCAUGGUCAAAUAUGUUUGGUUUUGUACUUUGUAUGUAUAUUAGGGAUUAAUAAACACCCACUAGGGGGUAGCUCACCCAAGGCAGAUCCAUUUUUCUAUAUUGUUUCUCCUUUGAGUGUUGGAGUGGGGGGGUAUAACCGAUCCCACCUGACAUGAGGGAAGAGAGGAAGUGCAGCUCACAAUUCAUUGAACCAUCCACACUCAAAUUCACACUUUUGGGCAAUUUAAAUUAACCUAAACCGCAUGUGAGAGGAAGAGUGUCCAGAGAAAACCCACGUGGGCACAGAUUAUAGGAACAACACAGUUCGAACCCAGCGAGCAACAAUGUCAACCACUGUACCACCGGGCCAUCCAAUAAUCCACUUUUGAACAACGCGAACAGAAGCCAUGCCGACUCGAUGAGGGUACAGUAUUGUAGGUGGUUUUACAUGUGGACGAGCUCCACGAGCUUCUCUACUGCCACAGUGGUGGUGAUCCACGACUGCUGCUAACAUAUCUUUCUGCUACUGCCCCCCACUGGUCAUGUGAUGCACUGCUUUUUAUAGACUCGUCGCACAGCAUUGGGAACCAACUCUCCCAAGAAAAGUCUUGAUGUUAACACAAACACAUGACGAGGGACAGAAAUCGUUUUGUAAAACAAUGAAAAGUUCAAACCCCUAAAAGUCUUUCAAAGUUACAGAAACAGUCGUUCAUAGACCACCGAGUCCUAAUGUCGGAAUAGUGUGUGUGUGUGUGUUUGUAUGUGUGUGUUUGGCGAGGAGGAGGGUUCCUGAACCAGUUUGACCAUCUGAGCCUUUCUGACAGAUUAUAUUGACGACUUCAGGAAACCUCGGCUUCUGCUGUUUGGUUUUUGAACCAUCGCUAAAUCAGGAGCGUUCCCUUUAAAAUAUUGAAGUUGUAGCUUAUUUAUGUAAAAUGAAUUAAAACAAGCCACGUGUUACCCGUCUGUCUAUCAGCUUUACUUCAGCUCUGUACAUGUUUGCACAUGUCUUUGUGGAAAGGUCAGGUACACUUGUCGAGCUGUAUGUCUUGACAGCUGCUUUGCAGUAGUAGCACUGGACCGAAUGACGGCCAGUUUCUCAAAGCAUCACAUGCAGGAAUAUUUUAUUAAAACCACGUUCUGACAAGCAAAAAAUAACUGUAACAAAUCAAAAUACAGCCUGUGACUUACUGAUCCACUUCAAUGUACGGGAGAAACAACAGGACAUUUUAGUAGAAUGAAGAACUAAAUAAUAAUUCAAGUGUUUUUGCAAAUACUGGGUAACAAAGCUACAUAUAUAUAAAAUGUGUGGUAACCACCUUUUCCUUAUCGAAUAAAGAGUAAAAAGGGAAGAAAGGUUCAUAUCACCUACACCUGCACGUUGUAUUAUAGUAUGACUUCAUUAUGUUCUGACUUCUCAGAUGACAAUAGAUCCAGAGCUGCAUGUGAGAACGGUUCUUUACUGCUGCAGCGUACCUGUUAUUCAUUUCCACAGUGAUAUGCUCUCUUGUCACGUCCUUAUUUCAAACAGUGAAGUCGACGACACAAUGUUAAAUCCCUGCAGUGAAGGUGUAGCUAAGCCUUGUGUUGUGUCGCCGUUUUAUAGUGUAAUUUUAUGUUAAUGUUAAUAAUUUUCGCUUUGUUAAUAUGGAUAUGUAUAUACAAUAUACAUAAUAGUUGUUCAUUUCACCUUUCCUCCAUCAUUCCUUGUUAUUUCUCUCUUUUCUCCAUAAUGUUGUAUUCUUCCACUAAACAUAUAUUUAUGAGUCAGUAUAUUUUUAUUAUUUCUCCAAUUGUUUGUGCUCUACUGAGUGCUACUCAAGUUGUACCUGAUUCAAACAACAACACAACUAUGUAAAUCACAGGCUGUGUUAUAAAAUCUCUAAACAUCUGAAUGAAGAUUUUUCUGAAUGACGAGCCUGAUCAAUACACAGUAAUUCAUUUCAUUUGAUUUGGGAAAACUGACUUACAGGCAAGUUUUAAUGGAUAAUGUGAAUAAUCAGCAAAAAAGACAAACAACUAAUUAAAAGUGAUUCAUUGCAAUUUGAAUAUAUAUGCACAGCCUAUGUAGGAAAUCAAAUGUGCAUGGAGAAAUAAGUAAUUUUGAAAUGAAAAUUUAUAUAAUCAUUAAAAAAAUAAAGCCUGAGUCCAUGUAAAGCCUGUGCAUCAAAGUCUUUUAAGCAACCUUUUGUAGGCUGCGUGUGUCUGUGAAUGUAUUGUGAUCAUGAUAUGCAGAUGUCCAUUACGAGAAGAAUCUUCCCUUUAAUCUGCGGCACCUCCACACUGAGCUCUGAGCUUGUGCUGCAUUGAGGUGGAUUUUACACACGGGUCAUUACAGCGAACCCUUUAAACAGAGAGUAGACAUGCCGCCGUGCUGUUCCCAAUCACGCAUGAUUCAUGUGAGACACAAGAAGAACGUCCUUGUGAACCACAGUGACUAUUAGCAUUUGGAGCUAUUGUAUGAAAGGACAGCACGUACUGAUUAUCAAGUAGUGAGUUCAUAUUAACGUUUGAUUAUCGUGAACAGAGUGGAUCCCUGGUUUUAUAGACUGUUGGUCAGUAGAGAUGAGAGGGACGUGCACAUGCUUGUUAAUGUGCUGAAGACAUGCACGUGUCUGCUUUCAUGUUAAGGUCACUGCAGAUCAAAGCGAGGACGUCCCUGCUGGAAUUAGGCCGAUAUAUGAACACAGACUGGGCUUUUAAUUUGUAACCUGUGAUCCAUCACUCAGUGAUAGGAGCGAUUCUGAGCAGUUUGAUCUAUCGCUGACAUCAAACUGAACUCCUGCAGAAAACUUUGAUAUGAUUCCACACAGAGUUUGAAUGGCCAUGGUUCGAUUAACUCAUUCCCCGGGUUUCAACAAGUCAUUUUGGAGAUAAAACAGUGAGAAUAAAGUGUCUGAAGAUGCAAACUGACUGAAACUCUUUGUACCUGUUGGUGCGAUCAGCGUGUUGUUUACCUGCACUGACUGAGCAGGAUGAACUAUGGAUGCUGUACCUGACCAGAGGUUGCGGAGCUGCCGUGCACGUCUUGCCCUAUAGUGCUGUAUUGUGAGAUGUAAAAUAGAAACUAAUGUGAAACCGAAACUCUACGUAUUUCUCUAUAUUCAGUAUACCUCUCAAUUACUCUCUAAACAGUACCUUCCUCUGUCGCUCACCUUUUUCCAACAGCUCCCAUGGAUCUUUUAUUUUCAAGCUAGUUUACUGAGACGAUACAACAGAACCAAUGCUCUGUGGAUUGAUAUAUAGGCCUACAGUAGGUGACACUGUACAACCUAACCUUUUCUGU